ACAUUGACCGGAAUUUAGCUCUCCGCGUCCACGAACGCAUUCCGAAGUGGUUACCUAGUGGGAUGGAAAUCGGGUGAUACGAGACAUCGAGUUGCUUCAGCAAUCACAUGGCAUUUACUAAGCCCCUUCCGCCAAGUCAACUUCGAUGAAUGUGCCAUCUGAUGCACAACAUCUGCCCCGCAUUCUCAGUCUAGUGGAAACAACUAUAACCUCUCAAGCACGGCCAUUGCUAUGCGUACAGGAAUGACUGACUGUAAUUCUGAAAUUUCCAUGCAAGAACGAGAUGUUGUCUUCGUGUGUGCACCAGAGCACCAUCGUGGACACAUAUCCAACAUACGCUGUUUAGCUGUGCCUCGCACCAUCGGAUCUGAGUACCAAACGAAGCCAUCUAGUCGCUUUCUACUCACAGGUGGUGGCCGUGGCCAAAUCGGUCUCUGGCGUUUUAAUGUCCCAGACCUUGGCUCAGGAGACCUCUGGCGUCCUGGUUGGUUAGGUUACACGUUGCUUCGGUUGACUGAAUCCACCGAUCCACGCACACAGCACCAUAGGCGUGCUAAGGGUGUAUCUUCUUCCGUCAACCCAUCAUUGUCCGCCGACUUACGAAUAAUGGCACUCCUGUGCUCGGAAACGCCAGAGGUCUCUAACUGCGACACACGGUUGUUGUCGUUGGCAGCAUGCUCAGAUGGUUCCAUUCGUCUCCUCGUUAUCUACCCACCGAAUCACACGCAUCCAAAGAGCUGCAAAUUUGUUGAGCUUGGUUCUCUACGGCAGCUGUGCCCCGGGUCACGUUGGCGUCAUCCGGCUGCUUGUUACUUGGAUUUACAAUGGGUUGAAUGCGGGGUACCCGAUCGUUUGAAUGUGCUCGCCACGAACACCCGUGGCUGCGUUGAAUGUUGGUCUGUGUGCCUUGUGGAUGCCGAUCCGACCACUUGGAUCGUGUCGGAAAAUUGGUCCCUAUUCGCUGAACCCAUUGCUCCAUUCUAUGUGCUCACUGCUCCCGCAAUCAACUGUGUGGACACGUUCACACUCACUCCCUUCGACUGGCAUUUGGCUGUUGGUGGUGAUGACGGAAGUGUGCGGAUUGGCAGCUUCUUGUUCUCAGCAUCGCGUCCGUCCUCUCCUUCAUGGAUCACCGCGGCAACCCACCAUUACGCGAGUGUCAUCCAGCUGCGAGUAGUAAAACGGGAUAUCUAUGACGCGUCUGGUGUUCAACGUCUGCUAACUCUAGCAGCGGAUCAGCGAUUGAUUGUUUGGAGCUGGUCCGGAACAAAACUACUACCGCUGUGCUGCUCAUUACUACCUGGAUUGGGAGAUCCCCACGGCCUUGCACUUGACUGGUUACUUCUAUCACAGGCUGGAACAGUGGGACAUUCGUCGACGUGGGCGUUAACUGUCGGAACUGGACUUUGCUUACUGGAACUUGAUGGUCAGUCUUGAAAAUUUUGACGCAGAGUUUGGAAUGCCCCUUGCUGCUUUCUGUAAGCCGCUCAAUGGACCCUUAAGGGUGUUCUAGUGUUUCACACAUUUCCCCGGCUGUAAAUGAUGAAAUAAAUUUUAUUAAUCGG